AUGAAUAAAAGAGAGCAGGAAUCAGCCGAAACGGUCACCACUGCACCCCCUCCGUCUGGCAUCCACAUCAUCAAAGGGCACGUGAAGCCGAUCGAUCUAUUCCCCAAUAUCACAGCCGACCUCAUGAAACGAGUUGCUGCUUACAACGCACAGGUUGCUGCUCAUGAAGCGAAUCCGAAAACAGUCAAAAAGCCCUGGAAAACACAAAUAAUCGCUCGCAAUCCAACCGAUGCCGAAAAUACUAGCGCUUUGGAAUACGUCAAGGCAAACUUUGUUCAAGUUCAUGACGGUUAUACCAAAAUAUACAACGAAUCAACUAGUCAACUGAUUGCAAUUGUGCAAUACUUGCCCAUCGAAUCGAUGCCGAAUGGCCAAUUGGAUGAACUCAACUUCCUAACUUCAUUCCUUAAUCGUUGCAAGGAGUUCAUUCAUGCUGUAUCCUCAAAGACUCGGAAAUGUGGGGGGGUGAUGUGGGCGAUUGGGUGGCGCAAAGGGUACGAAGGCCUCGAAAUUAUUGGACGCUAUCGGAACAAAAAGGCCAUCGAAAAAAAUCCAACAGGCUACGAAGCACUCAUGUCGGAAUCCUCCAAGGCUGGCAAAAUACUCUGGAAACUAUUUCACAGCUUUGGAAAUGUUGCUGUCGAGAAGAACAAGGCCUACAUGGACUGCCACGGCAUCCCCUCAAUUGCCGAUGUGAACUUUCCAAAAUCCGCAGAAGACAAGUCCCCGUACGGUUUUGCCUCCAACCUUGCAUACUCAGCAAACGGCUUUUACAAUCACCAUCACAAAGACACUGGUGAUGCCACUGACCUCCCGCUGGCGUUUGCCAUGAUCCUUCCAACCGCCAAAAAAACUGGACAGAUUGCGCCCCCAGGAUAUAAGGUUGAAAACGGGCAGUUUAUUUUUCGUGACAUCAAGGUAGCUCUAAAUUUCAGCCCUGCCUCUGUUUGUCUCAUGAUAUUCCGAGCUCAGGAGUAUGUUCAUGGAACCCUCAAGCCAACCGAGUCCAAAAACUGUACCAAAACUGGCAUCUCGCUUCAAGUUGCCACUAGGGCAAGUAAUGCUUGUCAGAACUACAUGAAUGGCGAGUAUGACGAUAGAGAUGAUAUGUAUUUUGGUGGCGUUUAUCAUCAUUUAGACAAAGAUAGCAACGAUCACAGUACCUAG